CGAUAGCAGGGCGCUUGAAGGCUGAUUGGGGUGCAUUGUGAGAGGCCUGGGGUCGCUGAUUGGUUCAAGAAAAGCACCAUAACUACAAGGAGUUUAUAUUCAUUCAACUUGUUGAAGUGGCCCUGCAGUCUGGAGGGAAGUUUGUUCUUGGAUCGUGGUUUGUGGACAAUUUGGAAUCGUGCAGAAGUGAUCUUGGCUGGACUCUAUAACAUGGAAUGAUUACAUAAACAUCUGGUAAAAAAAAUGGCUAAUGCAGACAGUGAAGUCAAAACUUUACUCAAUUUCGUAAACUUGGCAUCCAGUGACAUAAAAGCGGCCCUGGAUAAGUCCGCUCCGUGCAGGCGCUCCGUGGAUCACAGGAAAUAUCUUCAGAAACAGCUCAAACGCUUCUCUCAAAAGUACUCCAGAGUCCCGAGAUGUCACACGCACAGAUCUGCGGACUACAGGUGUGCUAAAUCGGUGGGGAGUAUUCAUCAGACCGCCACGGUCACGGAUAAGGCCAGUUCUCAGGCGCAAAGUGCAUGUGAAAAGGUGCAUGGGAACGCGGUGGAGCAGGUGCCAAUGAGGAAACGGCAACUGCCAGCCUCGUUUUGGGAGGAACCCAAGCUGGCCAACACCAUGAGGGAAAACUCAUUUGUGGGAUUGAAAAAGAGCCUUGCAGAGACACCUGAAGGCGGUGAAAAUGAGAAGAGGAAAAGGAUUUAUAAUGACGACGCAAAGGCCACGGUGUCUGCGUCCAGUCGGCGCAUCUAUGCGGAUAAAGACACGCUGAGGCUGGAUGUGACAUCUCAGCACUCUGUGAGUGUGUGCGGCUGCUGCCCCCUCCUGUACCACGGACACCAGCUCCUCCACAGCCACAUCGUUGUCCCCCACCCGACCCUGGGACUGUGGAGCAAGGCAGCAGGAACUGAGUCAGAGAGAUUUGACCUUCCUUAUGGACAGAAGAUCCACACACAUGUUGUGGUCAAACCCAUCCCCACCAAGCCCACAGUUCACUCACCAAUCUUCAGCGUGUUCGGAUUCGUUUGAUCCGCCUCGUGAAGCCAUCACACAACAAUGUGUAAAUAGGACUAAUUGUUUUCACUUUUCUAUUUUCAUUUUUUUUAAAUGACACUCUUUCUCAAGCACUUAUUAUUGGAAGGCUGCAUCUAUUUUUGUUGUUUAAACUUAAAGGACUAAACUGCACAUGCUCAUUAAAUCCAUCAGCCCUUUUAUGCCAGUCUCAUUUCCACCAAUCUGAGAACUGACAGUAAGUUAAAAAAGUUUCUACUUUCCGGUGUCUUCAGAGAACGGCUGUUCUUUUUUUAGGUACAAAAAGCUCAUGUAUAUUAAUACAAACAUCCUGUCUCCAUUUCCUCUUUCAGCUAUGAAAUUCACCUUUCUUUGCCACAGUACAUUUGACACAAUGCUUUUUAUUUUUAAAUAAAUGAUUCAACUUCCCUCAAGA